AUGCCUUUGGUUACUACGUCUCUGCUGGUUGGUCUGUCAUGUCCUUCAUCUUCUCCCCUCAUUGAGAUCACCUUCUACGCAUCAUGCUUGAAGUUCUACGCCAGAUACAUUAAGGCUUUGAAGUCUGAGGUUAAGAAUGGCGAGUACGUCCCAGUCUCUAGCAUUGUUGAGAUUGAGGUCGAGUCAAACUCUGCCGCUGCUCCAUCUGUUCAGCAGCCACAACAGGCUCAGCCACAACAGCAUGCCAACUUCUACCCAGCUCAGCUCGCUCAGUUUGCUCAGGCCAUGCCACAGCAACAGCCAGCUUCGCCAUCCACUGGAGCUCCACAGCAGCAGCCACAACAGCCAUACUUUGUUCCAGUCAACAUUCCAUUUGGCCAACAGAUCCAAAGCAUCCAAAUGCCAAAUGGUCAGCAACAGGGCCAGCAGCAGCAGUACUACCCAAUGCAGUACUACUACGUUGUUCCAUCGAUGCCAAACCCCAACAUUGCUGUCGACAAGAACUAA